AUCUUGUUUACAGAAACCCUAAAAUCUGUGAAAAAAAAACAUGAGUUUUCCACCAUCCCAAUUCUCCCCACCCUUUUCAACUGGUAAUGAUGCACCAAUGUUCUGGCCUCAAGGAAGUCUAGUUGAGAGUGAACAACAACAAUCUAACUUUUCUGAAUUUCCUCCUUUCAAGAAACCUAGAAAUUUUGAAGAAACCCCUUCUAUGAAUUCUUUUCAAAAUCAGGGUAUGGGUAUGAAUCCUUUUCAAAAUCAGGGAAUGAUGAUGAAUCAAAGGAAGAUGAUGAUGGCACCUCCACAAAACCCUAAUCAAAACCCUCGUCUUGGCAAGAUAUUCUUCAAGACUCGUCUUUGUGAAAAGUUUAAAGCUGGUCAUUGCUCAUAUGGUGAUAACUGUAGUUAUGCUCAUGGUGUUGAAGAUAUUCGUGAACCACCGCCAAAUUGGCAAAAAAUUGUUGCAUCCCGUGAAGAAGAUCAGUCCACAUUGCAAACUGGUGUUAAUUGGGAAGAUGAUCAGAGACUGAUCUCGAAAUUAAGGCUUUGCAGGAGAUUUAUCAGUGGGCAAGAAUGUCCAUACGGAGAUAAGUGUAAUUUUCUUCAUAGACCUAUUGGUAAGUGUAGAGAAGAAUUGAGGUUUAGAGAAAGCUCGUCGAUAAGCAUUGGUACUACAGGAUCUCCAGGGAAUGUUGCAACUUUAAGCAGACCUGACCAACCAUACGGCGACAAACACCAGUUUGCUGCAGAUAUGCACAACUAUGGUGGUGGCCAUAAUGAACUGUUAACAGGGAGCACGGCCACAGACUUGGCAAAGUUUAUACCUGAUGAUGCUCCCAAUAGUGAUGCUGCAGUUGUUUCAUCUAAUAAGCGAGUGGUGUUUGCUAAGAAGUGUUUGUUGAAUUGGGACACAAAGAAGCUCAGCGGCAUCUAUGCCGAUUGGAUUGAUCCGCGCUCGCCUACCAAUGUCGAGAGCUGAGAUUUACUUUUUAGUCUCGAUGAUUUGUGUUCUUUCUUUUGAUUGGGGAAGAUUAUCGAUUGGUUAAACAUCUGUCUAGUGUUUUUUUCCCCCUCCUCUCUUAUGAUUCUCAUAGGUUGGAAUUUUUUCAAUGGAGAUAGAAUAAACUGUUUGAACCCAACUGUGUCUUGAG